GUGGACUGCAGUAGAACGGCGUAAUCAGUGAGAGGUUGGAACGGCAGUCGAGCUUUCUCGUCAGCGAACCUCUCCCGCACUCAAAUCCACAUGCACAUUUAAGUUUUUGACCUUCUAAAUUACGUAGCUCGUUGGCACAGAAGCAAAAUUGUGGUGCUGAAGCGUACUUGGAUAUUGCCACAAACUAGGGCAAACACAGAGGGGCGAGAAAUGGCAACGACAACCUGUACGCGCUUUACCGACGAGUUCCAGCUUUAUGAAGAACUUGGAAAGGGGGCUUUCUCAGUUGUGCGCCGUUGUGUCAAGCUGUGCACAGGCCAAGAGUAUGCUGCCAAAAUCAUCAACACCAAAAAGCUCUCAGCAAGAGAUCACCAGAAGCUCGAGCGAGAAGCCCGUAUCUGCCGUCUGCUCAAGCAUCCCAAUAUCGUUCGGCUCCAUGACAGUAUAUCAGAGGAGGGUUUCCAUUACCUCUUAUUUGACCUUGUGACGGGUGGAGAGCUGUUUGAGGAUAUUGUAGCCAGAGAAUAUUACAGUGAAGCUGACGCCAGUCAUUGUAUCCAUCAGAUUCUAGAGAGUGUCAGUCACAUACACCAUCAUGAUAUAGUUCACAGGGACCUGAAGCCGGAGAACCUGCUCCUGGCCAGUAAAUGUAAGAACGCUGCCGUCAAGCUGGCCGACUUUGGACUGGCCAUUGAAGUGCAAGGAGACCAGCAGGCAUGGUUUGGGUUUGCUGGUACACCAGGUUACCUUUCUCCAGAAGUGUUAAGAAAGGAGGCUUAUGGGAAACCUGUGGACAUUUGGGCAUGUGGAGUCAUCCUAUACAUCCUUCUGGUGGGGUAUCCUCCAUUUUGGGAUGAAGACCAGCACAAACUCUAUCAACAGAUCAAAGCCGGGGCUUACGACUUUCCCUCCCCAGAAUGGGACACGGUGACACCUGAAGCCAAAAACCUCAUUAAUCAGAUGCUCACCAUCAAUCCAGCCAAGAGAAUCGUGGCCCAAGAGGCCCUGAAACACCCGUGGGUCUGCCAACGAUCCACUGUGGCCUCCAUGAUGCACAGACAGGAAACAGUCGAGUGCCUGAAGAAGUUUAACGCGAGAAGGAAACUUAAGGGUGCAAUUUUGACCACCAUGCUGGUGUCACGAAAUUUCUCCAUGGGCAGGCAGACAACAGCUCCCGCCACCGUCUCCGCAGCCAUCGCCGCAGCUGCCGCGGCCGGUACCACCACCAGUCUGGUGGAACAAGCAGCCAAGAGUCUGCUCAACAAGAAGGCCGAUGUCAAGCCACAGUCAAACAGCAUGAAAAACAGCAUAGUCACCAGUCCCAAAGGCACCGUCCCUUCUCCUGCACUGGAGCCUCAGACCACUGUUAUCCAUAAUCCAGUGGAUGGGAUCAAGGAAUCUUCGGACAGCAGCAACACCACAAUUGAGGAUGAAGAUGUCAAAGGUAAAAGCCUAGAUAGUGGUUCAAUAAAAGCCCCCUCUGAAGUCAGCCAAUCACCUCCGGGCUCCGCCCCCGCCAUCUUCUCCACCAAGCUGAGUGACAUCCUGGGCUGUGCACGCAGGGGCUCGGGGCCUUCAGCCAUGCCUGAAAGAGAAGCAGCUGCCCUCUCCACCCCCUCUCCUCCACACACCCCUGUCAUACAAACCCGGUUCACAGAUCUGGUGAGCAGUGUGGGCCGCGUACCCGCCCCGCAACCUCAGGCUGAGACGACAACCUUUCGAAAUUCUGCCCCCCCUCCCCAGCACUCCUCCCCCCCAACCCCACCUCCCUCCAGUCCCUCUGUUUCUGUGCAGACACGCAAGCAGGAAAUCAUCAAGAUCACGGAACAGCUGAUAGAAGCCAUCAACAAUGGGGACUUUGAGGCCUAUGCGAAAAUCUGUGACCCUGGACUGACCUCCUUUGAACCCGAGGCUUUGGGGAACUUGGUUGAGGGAAUGGACUUCCAUCGAUUCUACUUUGAAAACUUGCUUGCAAAGAACAGUAAGCCCAUCCACACCACCAUCCUGAACCCUCACGUGCACCUUAUCGGAGAAGAUGCCGCCUGCAUCGCAUACAUACGCCUCACCCAGUUCGUGGAUGCGCAGGGCCGGCCGCGCAGCAGCCAAUCAGAGGAGACCCGGGUGUGGCAUCGCCGUGACACCAAAUGGCAUAACGUUCACUUUCACUGCUCUGGUGCGCCAGCCGCCCCUCUCCAGUGAAGUGUGGCCCUGCUAUGUAUGUUUUAGAUGUGAGCGCACCUUACGGAGGUAAAGGACAGGGAGGACUAAUAGUACGGCACCGGGGGUCCAGCGUAAGACCGCUCUGAAAUCUCCAGCCUUCCAACUCUGGACACAGAUGUCCUCCCUUGCAUGCAAACCAACAGUCAUUACUCUUCCUGCUGAGCUGCUCUCGAUAACGCAUCCAGACAACCCCUACCAUUCUGACUCCGACGCAACCGAGCAUGCUACGCACACAUCCUCCUUUUACAACCGAUCACCUUUGUGCCAAGACGGCAUCAAUCAUCGAGAACAUUCAUUGACUUCAGGUUCCCAUCUAGAAUUAUAACCUUAUGUUAUAACCACUAUUAUAACCUGCACGAAUGCCAUUUUUCCCCACAAUCCCGUCACUGGCCCUCUGCCUCCAAAGUAGAUCAUGUUGUAAUAAAAUAUUAUUAUAAUUAUUGAAUUUAUUCUUAUUGUUACUGCUAUUAUUAUGAUUAAUACUUCUGUCAGGAUUCUAAGUAUUGCUGUUGUUCUAUUGGGAUUGUAUAUUUGAUGGUCAAAAUGACUGAUGUUGGUGGUAACAUUCGUUUCACUUUUGUUUUUUGGUUUGGUUUGGUUUCUCUCCUUUCUUUAAAGCAUGAAUUCUGAGUAUUAUUGAUUUCAUUAUUUUUUUUUGAUUACAUUUAUUUUGGCAGCACUGUACAGGUUAAAGUUCAUAGCUCACUAAUCACAUGACUUAACACAUACUGUAUGUGGUGACCAGACUUUCUGUUGCCAUGAUCAGUGUUUGUAUUGUCAGGGUGCUGUCUUUAAAUCACUUCAUGGUCAUCAUUAACUUUAAUUAUGUGUUUUUCUAUGAGAGAUCUGUGAGGCAGCUGAUAUCAUCAAAGCACAGAAGUUUCCCUCAUUCUGCUUCAUCUGCAGGUUGCCAAAUUAAACUUCCAUGAAACUGAGCUCCCCCCCCCCCUCUCUCUUUCUCUCUUUCUCUCUCUCUCCCCUUCCCGAUCUCUCUCUCCCUCUCUCUCGCUCUCUCUCUCUCUCUAAAUCAGAGCAUAAUCUAAUUUAUUAGGCUAUAAUAAUCCAGUUCAGUGUCUCUGUGGUGACCAGCAGCAGAUGUGUCUGUAUUUACAAUCAUUGCUGAUCUGGUCUUGUUUGCCCAUCAAAGGUUUCUGAAUUAAUGGUCUGUGAGAAGGAUUGUAGGGAUUUGGGGGUGAAUCUCACGAAACCUGUCAAGAAUAUGUCUGGGUAAUAUUUUAACUUUGAGAUAAAAGAGAAUAUAUUUGGGAAUUUAAAAAAAUGAAAACGAAUUUGUGGGGGGUAUUUUGUCAUUUAAAUAAUGCAUGAAUAAUGAAGAAAAAAAUGUGAUAGCCCUAAAUUAUUUAUGCAAAAAAAUGUCUUAUGCAAAAUAAUAAUAAUAAUAAUGUAUUAUUAUUAUUAUUAGUAGUAGUAGUAGUAGUAGUAGUAUUAAUAAUAUUUAUAAUUAUACAUAAUUCAUAUUUGUUUUAUUUAAUAUGAAUAAUUUUUGAUUUAUCAAUUUCUGUUUUAUUUUUGAAGUGAAAUGUGACCUUGACAUAAUUUUAUUGUGAGAUUCAACCAUGUGUUUAUAUUCAUACUAGGAAUAUAAUUAUCAGGUUACUUUCUCUAAUCAGUGAAAUAGAUAUUUUUAUUCAGGAUAUUGUAGGUCUGAGAAGAUGAGAGUUAUGAAAGAAUAUUGCAAGUUGUGUUGAUUUAUAAGAGCCCUUAUUCAAAAGCAGUAGGGAAUGUACUGCUGUGUGCUGGCCAACAGUGAGAUUUAAAUAGCCAUUCUGGUUACCACGGUGAUGAACACCUUGUGAAUUCUCUUAAUUGAGACUCGUACAGAAGUUUGGGAGAAUUUGAACAUGUUUCUAAUUUUGUCAGGAAUAUUGUAUUUCACCUUGACUACAGCUCUCAUUCAUUGUUUUCUUGUUUAUCUGUAUAUGUGGGUUUUUAACCUUUUUUGUAUGUUAUUUAUGUGGUUUGAGAGGGUUUGUUGUCUUUGCGUCAUUUUAAUGUGUGUAUGCAUGCGUGCAUGUAUGUGUUACUAUACAAUGGCACUGAAAUCCUGAAUGUGAAGUUCACUAUAUAAGUGUUGAAAGCCAUAACGCACAGUCGUCUUUGAGCAAGAAUUACAGCUGAUUUAAAGGAUCAGCAGAUGUUUUUGUCAUUGCUGUUGUCUUUUUUUAAUUUGUGUACUUUACACUUAAAGGGGCAGUUCAACUAAAAAUGAAAAUUCUGUCAUCAUUUACUCACCCUCGUGUUUUUCCAAACCCCAUGGAACACAAAAUGAGAUGUUUAUUAGUAUGUUAGCCUCAGUCACCAUUUACUUUCAUUGCCUAUUUUUUCCCAUACAAUAGAAGUGAAUGGUAACUGUUACAUCCCUGUAUAGUGUGCCGUGUGUAAUUGUUUUGUUUGUUUUUUAAAUCUCUCUCUCGCUCCCUCUUCUGGUGUGGAUAGUAAAACCCACUAUUGGGCUGAAUUGUGGGGGUUGGGUUCAUUUGGUACUCACAGGUGAUGGAGGUUACCAGCAUGCCUAUACAGGUCCUUCUCAAAAAAUUAGCAUAU